UACGUCAGCUGAACGUCUCGAUUGGCCGUAAAAUGUACGCAUGCGCAGUAUGGUUUGUUGACAGAAUCCUUCCGUAUACGUUUUGGCUAACCACCACUUGAGUGACGAGUGAAAUCGAGUAGGGGGGAAAAGACAUAAAAAUGUUGAAAGAGUUGGUGAGGGAGCGACUAAUUGUGGCCGCCGACGAAAUCUUCGGACUGUUUGAAAGAACGAUUUUAUCGUACCAGGAGCAACUUUGUCGAGCGAGGGAGGAGACCGAGCGCCACCGAUUGCAACUCGAAGCUGUUUGCAAGACUCAAGUUGUCAUACACAAGGAAGAGCGCUCCCACGUUAAAGAGGAAGAGGAGGAGGUGGACGUCAGAGAUUUGCCACUGAAUGUCGUAGUGAAGAGUGAAGACGAUGAAGAUGAACCAACCAAGUCAUCACAGCUUCAUCAUCACAGCCCAAGUGGAGACCACCAUGAAGAACCACCAGUAAACAACCUCUUAGCGCCGCUGUCACAUAGUAAUGACACGGGAGAACUUUUGACGAGUGACGCAGAUUGCGCAGGUGACUUGGAAUGCUCUCAAAAACCGACCACUGCCAUCGGUCAAAAACGGUUCAGCUGCUCAUUUUGUGGUGAACGAUUUGCACGAAAAUCAAAUAUGAUGACGCACAUGAGAACACACACGGGGGAAAAACCCUUUUGUUGCUCAGUCUGUGGUGAUGCGUUUGCACGAAAGGUCUCUUUGAUUGCACACACAGCAAUGCACACGGGAGAGAAACCUUUCAAUUGCUUAACUUGUGGUGAAAGCUUUUCCUAUAAGCAGACUUUGAAUGCACACAUGCAGAGGCACACAGGAGAAAAACCUUUUAGUUGCCCAGUUUGUGACGAGAGCUUCGCCCGAAAAGAAAAUAUGAUUACACACAUGAGAAGACACACGGGAGAAAAACCCUUUUGUUGUUCAAUUUGCAAUGAAAGAUUCACUCAAAAAGCAACACUGGUAGCACACGUGAGAACACAUACGGGAGAAAAACCCUUCACUUGCUCCGUGUGCGGCGAAAGAUUCACUCAAAAGUCAACACUGUUGGCACACAUGAGAAAACAUACAGGAGAAAAACCUUUCACAUGCUCAGUUUGUGGCAAAAGCUUUUCUCAUAAGCACAAUUUGACGGCACACAUGAGGACCCACCAACAUGGCGACCUAGUGGUUAGCACGUCUGUCUCCCGGUUCUCAGGUUCAGGGUUUGAAUCCUGAUUCCGGCCUGUCUAAGAGUAUGCAUCUUCUCCCUGUGAUUGCCUUGGUUUUCUCCCGGUAAUCCAGUUUCCUCGCACAUUGAGAAAACAUCUGGAAGCGCUAUAAAAAACAACAUGGAGAUCCACGAGAGAAUUUUCCUGUUAGGAAAAAAGUAUAUAUAUGAUACAACAAUUAAGAAAAUACUUCUUUUUUUUUUUUUUUUGUUUUUUUUUUAUAUACAGUUCCUUCCUGUGAACUUGUUUUCUUUGGUUGACUUGCGACAACUGCUGGUUUAGGAGUGGAAUUUCUUCGUAUGGUUCUUCACGCUACUGACCAUUGGUUAUAGGAACAACUUGUACAAUUGUCAACAUGUCAUAUUUCUUCCUUGUCGCUGACAUCAAAGGAGACAUGCAGUGGUGCCUUGAGAUUCAAGUUUAAUUUGUUCCAUGGUUGACUAUGCUCGUAACUCAAAACACUUGUAUCUCAAAUGAUGUUUCCCCAUUUAAAUAAAUGCCUUUAAUCUAUUCCAGCUUCCCUAAAAAACAACAAAAAUGUUGUAAUAUGUUUUUAAGAAUAGAAUAUCACUCUGUAAUAUUGUGUACUUUAAAAAAAAAAAAAAAAACUUGCGGUAACGACAAUUACAUAGAAUGUGAAGAAAUUUAACAGUUUGCCACUUUUUUGUUUCAAUUCAAUGGACAUUGUGCCAUCCGGUGUGUGCGCCUUUGCCACCUGAGGACAGUAUAAUACAGCAAUACAUGGAGCCGGCCUCAGCUCCUCAGUAAUAAUAUUAGUCCAUCACAGAGGAUAAGAAUAUAUGCCUGUGAGUAUUGUUUUAUUAACUGUCUAUUUGUGUUGCUCCACCGUUUGUGUUAAAAUAUCUAUUGUUUAUAGCACAAAGACACAAUUAUUACUAUUCAUUAGUCCUACUAUGGUGUUUCCCGUAAUGUGUGGUUAGCAUUAAGCUAGUGGACUUUAAUAAGGGAAAGUUGUUGUUUUAAAGACAUAUAAAUCUCCUUGUUUUCUGUUUAGUUUUACAGUAAACUUCAACUGGGAGUGGCAAUAAAUAGCUUGAAGCCUCCUUUUUUUGAAGAACUGUUCACUAUCUGCCAAACUGCUGCUUGUUGUGAACUGAGUUGAGUCUUGAGUACACUGCCAAGUACUCAUAUCUUACAAUUUUGCUUGCCCCAACCCUGCAGUGUAGCCUUACCGUGCCGAACUUAAUUUUGUUUAAUUAUGGGUAAAUCUAUUUCAGGUACUAAUGUUAAGAUGAAUUUGAAAUUGAUUUUUAUAUUUAUUAUUAUUUUAAGAAAAACGUUUCACAUUUGCAUAUGGCCACCUCACGUGGCAUUCUGCUAAAGUGCUCGACACAAAUACGAGCUGGCCAACCAUGCCAAAUAUGAAGUGAGCUGCUUGCUUACAAACUUGGACGAUUUUUGUAACAAGCUUGUUCUCAUUGCACAGUUCACACCUUCUCCAACUCGCCUUACAUGUUGAGGAGGACCUGGAGUUUUCCUUUGUACGCUCUGAUCAGGCUAUUCUAUUC